ACGUUCGACAAAUUUGUCGGUUGACUCAAGGCGGAGUGAAGAAGCUGGAAAUUUGAUCAAUAUCCCAGAAGCACCGCCCACUGGCCGUUGAUUAAAAUACACGACUGAACGAUUCCGUCUGGAAGAUCGCGGAUUUGUCGCACGUAGAAAGAACUCCAAAUCAUGUCGCUUCUUCUGAGGUGUGUUAUCGUCUCCUUGGUGGUUUGUACUUCGCGGGCUUAUACAGGCUAUACCAGAGGACACUGCCAGCCGGUGCCGCAGUUUUGCAGGAAUUUAACGAACGGGAAUGGGUACGCUUUGAUGCGCCUUCCAAACGCGUUCAACAACUACCAACUCAAUGAAACUGUCGAGGCCAUCAAGCCAUGGCAACUUCUCGUUGGACAGUGUCAUGCAGGACUGAAGUUGUUUCUCUGUGCCAUUUACGCUCCGAUUUGCCUCCACGACAAAGAAAGCGGCAAAGAAGUGAUCAUUAAACUCUGUAGAUCGUUCUGCUCCAGAGUGAAGGCGAGCUGCGAGCCCGUGAUGAACAGUUACAAUUACUCCUGGCCAACUCACGAUGCCUUCAAUUGUUCGCAGUACAAGGACGACUUGAUGUGUGUCCGAGAAGACUUUGUUGUUGCUCCCACAACACGACCGCCAGUGGUGCUCACAGAUACCGACGUGGCUUGUAACCCGAAGUUAAAUAGCGAUGAUGUCCUACGUGCGAAAGCCUGUAACAGCCAUUUAGCCUUCAGAGCAGACGUAACGAGUAUCCGUGAAGCGAAAGGUUCGUUUGCGUUGCUCAGAUUCAAGAGGCACAAGAAAUCAGGCAAGCAGAGGUUAACGCGGAACUCACGGAAAGCCGGCAAGAAAGUCACGGACAGUCUUGACCGCGCGUUGAUACCAAAACACCGCUGCCGAAACUUGACAUCGAGAGUGAAAAUAGAUGAGGCAUAUUUGAUAAUAGUUGACAAAAAACAGGGCAAGAAGACUGUCAGGUACAUCGUCAAGGCGAUUGUACCGUGGAACAAGCGACACAGAAGGCUGACCAGGAAGAGCAACGUGUGCAAAGGACGUUGAACAGCUUCGAGCAAAGGUGGUCGACGAAACUUGACGAAAUGACCGAACACUGUUCAUUGGAGAAAGCAGUUUUUGAGAAAGCGUCAAUUUAAAAUAAAUUGAACGGUUUUUUAUUCAUUUUCCAUAAAGGAUUUCUCUCCUAACGUGAAAGGGCCGUGUAGUUGUUCUUUUGGCCAGUUUUGGAUCUGCUAAGUUUACUAAGCAGACACCUUCUUUUGCGAUUUAGAAGUUCGUCAUAAUCAAUUUUGUAUAGGAUUUCUUUUCAGAGGCCCUAUAGCAUUAGAAACGUUCAGAAAUAACGUAUAAACUUCUCAGUAUAACGUAUUUUUAGCGAGAUCGUUUUGUAUUUUUUCUUCCUGGCGCAGUAGGUCGUUUCAAAAGACUACCGUUUAAAAAUAUUUUUUAUCGUUUUAAAUCUCUCAGAACGUCGCAGACAAUCCAAUAUAAUUAAUGAAAUGGAUGCGUCGCUAUAAAUGCAUGUGUGUUAACUAAACUGGAUAUAAUCUUGGAUUGCUUGUGGGAACUGCGGUGUGGGAACUGCGCUUUUUUUUGUUAUGUCUAUAUGUUAUGUGUUGCACAAUGAGCAGCUAGUGUAAGCCACGUAUGUAGACGUAUGUAAGCCACGUAUACUAAGUGCCUUGUUUUCAAAAUGAUACUUUGAAAUGAAGAAAAUUCUGGGCAUUGUUCAUACCUUGUCUUGUAAAUUAAGUUGAAAAUCUGAUCGUGUGGUUCAGUGAAACCACAUCAAGGCUUGGAGAAAUCAGACAAAACGUCUCCGUGAGGGUUGAGAUGUCAUUGUCACACUGACGAGUGGAACAAAAUACCUGUGUCGAGUGUAUUAAUUUAUUGUAUAGUUCAGAGAACAACGCAUUUAUCACACGUUAGAGAAGAUUAAUAUCCUUUGUUUUGUAUUUUGUACGCACAAGGUGCUAAUGCCCACUAAUAUUGAGGGCAGUUUUAUCCAUUAAAGAAAUAUCAUUCAAAAA